AUGGCAAUUCAGUGGAAUAAAGUUUUGGCAGCAUUUUGUUUGAUUGCAAUUUUGCUUGAACCUUUGUUUUUCUACCUGGUCUAUAUUGACAAGGAAAACAAGUGUUUUAGCAUUGAUUGGGAGACAACAACAUACCUUGUUUUACUUAGAAGCUUUGUUGAUCUUAUUUAUUUUCUGAAUAUGAUCGUAAAGUUUAGGUUGGCUUAUAUUUCUUUUAGGUCUUCGGUGGUGGCUAGCUUGUUUCUUUUCUUUGACUUAUUGAUUGUAUUACCUCUUCCUCAGAUAAUUAUAAUGUUUAUCCUACCGACUUCACUGGGGUUAACAGGAGAAAAGUAUAUUGGGAGUCUUCUACACUUACCGAUUCUUUUACAAUAUAUGUAUCGUAUGGUCAGAUUUUCGCCUCUAAUACUUGAGUUGUCUCCAACCGGAGUUAUAUUUGAGUCAGCCAAGACAAAUAUCAGUAAAAGUAUUCUAUUUUGUAUUCUAUUGGUCAAUGUUGUGGCUUCAUUGUGGUACCUCUCUGGAACACAGAGAGUUAAUCAAUGUUUGCAAGAGGCUUGCCAUCUCGCUAAUGUACCUAAUUGCAUGAAAUUGAUUAAUUGUAAUUCUGAAUGGCGGAAUAUGUCAGCUACAUGGAGCAGUGAUAACGGUGCAAAUGAUUGUAUGGCAUCAAACAGCUUCAUAAACAGAUUCUCCCCUAUCAGAGUCAAACAUCUUUCCAGAUUUCAUUCUGACCAUGCCGCUAUUAGCAUUUCUCUUGAAGCUGACGAAUCUCACAACGCUGGUGGUAGAAAACGCCCUUACCUGUUUCGUUUUGAGGAGGCGUGGAGUAAGGAUCCCAGGUGCGAAAGAUUCGUGGAACAGAUUUGGAAUGAGCCCAGCAAUAGAGGCCUUAAUAAGUUUGAAAGGCUUAAAACUCUCGAUGAUUUGUUUAAAGAUUAUAGAAGGGGGGAGAUCUCCAAGGAGAUUAGACGGAUUGAGGAGCAGUUGGGAAAGGAUUUUUGUUGGGCGGAGGGUCGGGAGGACAUUACUCGUAACAGGGCCUUGGUUCGACAACGUGAUAAGCUGCUUCAAACGGAGGAACUUAUGUGGAGACAAAGGAGUAGGGUUAUGUGGCUUAAGUGUGGUGAUAAGAACUCAAAAUUUUUCCAUGGUAAAGCGAAUCAGCGGCGCAAGACAAACUCUAUCAAGAAGAUCAAGGAUGAACACGGUCACUGGUGGAGAGGACAAGCGAACUGCGAACGAAUUCUGGUGACUUAUUUUGAUGAUAUUUUCUCUUCUACCAUGCCCACUGAUACUGAUAUUGUUGAGGUCUGCAAAGUUGUUAAAGGAAGAUUAAAGCCUGAACAUGUCAGGAUCUGUGAAGAGGCUUUCUCGGCUGCUGAGGUUAAAUGUGCUCUGUUCCAAAUGAAUCCCUUAAAGGCACCUGGACCGGAUGGGCUUCCUGCACUAUUUUACCAAAAGUUUUGGCAUAUAGUGGGAGGUGACAUAAGUAAGUUAGUGCUGGACAUCCUCAAUAAUCAAAAACAUCCUGGAAUCAUUAACAGCACCCAUAUAGUUCUUAUUCCCAAAUGUAAAAAUCCAGCCAAACCGAAGGACUUUAGGCCCAUCAGUCUUUGCAAUGUGGUGAUGAAAUUAGUGUCGAAGGUGAUUGCUAACAGGUUAAAGCUUUUCCUACCGGACAUCAUCGAUGAAGAACAGAGCGCUUUCGUCAAAGACCGACUGAUUAUGGAUAACGCCUUGAUUGCGAUGGAAUGUUUUCACUGGAUGAAAAAGAAGGUGAAAGGGAAGAAAGGUACCAUGGCCCUGAAACUUGAUAUGUCAAAGGCGUACGAUAGACUCGAAUGGAAGUUUAUUGUGGAGGUCCUCUCGUCUAUGGGUUUCCCUAGAUCGUUGGUUGUUUUGAUUGAGAAGUGUAUCUCCUCGGUGUCCUACAAGGUGUUGAUUAAUGGCGCCCCUAGCAGAAGUUUCACACCGGAGAGGGGUCUUCGUCAAGGCGAUCCCCUCUCUCCUUACCUUUUUAUCCUGUGCGCUAAUGUUUUUUCAGGUAUGAUUAAGGAAGCUGCCAGCAAGAAGGAGAUUCACGGCAUCAAGGUCGCUCGCAAUUCCCCCAUGAUCACUCAUUUAUUCUUUGCUGACGAUAGUUUGCUCUUCGCUAGAGCAACUCUGGAGGAAGCAGGCCGCAUUAAGGAGAUUCUCAAAUCUUACGAGUGUGCCUCGGGCCAAGUGGUGAACUUUGAUAAAACCGAAGUGUCUUUUAGUAAGAAUGUGGGAGAGGUCACUUGCGCAAAUAUCCGGAACAGUCUAAAUGUCAAUGCCGUCUCUAAUCAUUCCAAGUAUCUUGGGCUGCCCGUCAUUCUUGGGAGAUCAAAGAAGAUUGUUUUCUCUAUGCUGGUGGAAAGAGUUUGGAAAAAAAUCAAAGGUUGGAAAGAAAAAUUCCUUUCUACUGCAGGGAGGGAGGUGCUCAUAAAAGCUGUAGUGCAAGCUAUCCCCACUUAUGUGAUGAGCUGCUACAAACUUCCUAUUACUGUUUGCAACGAGCUCGAAGCCUUGAUUGCCAACUUUUGGUGGGGAGCGAAGAACGGGGAGCGGAAGCUGCAUUGGUUGAGUUGGGAGAAGAUGGCUAAGGCUAAGAACUCGGGAGGAAUGGGGUUCAGAAGUAUCAGUGACUUUAAUACUAGUCUUCUCGGUAAACAUUACUGGAGACUUCUGUCACAAGACGAUUCAUUGGUGGGAAAGGUUCUAAAAGGAAGGUAUUUCCCCAGGGGUUCCAUUGACUCUUGCGAUGUUGGUUAUUGCCCCAGCUAUGCUUGGAGAAGUAUUAUGGGAGCGCGGGAUGUGGUGCAUCGAGGUGCGAGAUGGGGAAUAGGAAACGGAGAGAAGGUGAAGAUCCUAAAUGGCGGUUGGAUUCCGGGUAAUCCUGAGUUUAAACUUCUGUAUGGUGCUAGAAAUGUAGGAGAGGAGGAUCUUGUCAGUGAUCUUAUUGACAAAGAGUUGGGUGUCUGGAAAAGAGAGGUUAUUUAUGACUCGUUCUCCCAUGAAGAUGCCAAGAAGAUUGUUAGCAUACCCCUCUCAAGGCUCCCAAACGAUGACAAGUUGGUGUGGCAUUUUGAAAAGAGUGGAGAAUUCUCGGUAAAAACUGCGUAUCACGCUACGCGCUCGCACAGGGCUUCUCUUCUCCCUGGCCCUUCUGUUUUACAUAACCAUAGCCUCUGGAAGCUGAUUUGGAAGGCGCCCAUCUACACAAGGCAGCGGAACUUUUUGUGGCGGGUGGCUAAAGAUAUCCUUCCCACGAGGGGGAAUCUCGUCAAAAGAGGUAUGCCCAUUGAUCCUUCAUGCCCCUUCUGUCAAUCCGGAAUUGAGACUCUGCAGCAUAUUUUUAUGGAUUGUCACUUUGCGAAACAAGUUCUUUUCGCGUCUCCCAUAGGCUACCGUACUCCCAUCUGUCUUGAUGUGAACUUCUGGAUUCAAUCUGUUCUAGAGGGCAGUGAUGUCUAUAGUGUUCAGCUGUUCUGUGCCUGCCUCUACAAAAUCUGGGCAGCUAGAAAUGUAGUGGUGUUCCAAGGGAAAGCUGUUUGCCCUAUUGCAGUUGCAGGUGGUGCUUUUGAUUAUGUGCAGGACUUUGUUAGAUGGCCUCCAGAUCCUUAUGGGAAAAAUUUGUCUUCUACUGCGAGGAAGGAUGUCUCUUUCCCCCAGGAUGUCUUUGUUGCACAAGUGGAUGCUGGGCUCACGGAGGCAGGCGAUACGGUGUUUGGUUGUACCUUCAAGGACCCUUUCGGCAAGACGCUGAUGGCUGCCAGUAAGAAGGAAAAUAUCCUGGUCGAUCCCAGCAUUGCUGAACUCUUGGCCAUUAGAUGGUGCAUUCUCUUAGCAGCUGAUCUUAAGAUGAACAAGAUUGUGUUCCAGUCAGACGCGUUGGUGGUGGUAGAUUGUAUCAAUUCCAUCUCUUGUAAUGCCUCCCUCGAUCCUAUAGCGGCGGAGUGUCGGUUACUUUUGAGUUCUUUCUCUUUUAGUUCUGUUAUUUUUAUUCCUAGGGUCUGUAAUUCUGAUGCACACAAUGUUGUGUUGCUUGGUAAGGCUUAUGGCUCCCGGACCUGGUUAGAUGGUAUCCCGGGAGCGAAUUCUGUAUCUCCGGCUGUUUUAGGCCCUUUGAUCUAA